AGCGACCCACUGAUAAUAAUCAAUGGCCGCGUAAACACCAACGCAAAUACCCAGCUGAAAACGGAAGUGUGCAAGGCAUAUCCCGUUGAUCAACGCCCUGAUACCCCUUGUUCGGGAGUAACAGGAACACCUGAUACUACAGAUCCCACCCCGGUCCCAAGUGACACGGUUAAGGUGCAGGUGUACUACUCGCCAUUAAGUCAAAAAUCAGUCGAUUUUAUUAAAUUGAACACGAAAGAUAAUAACAAGGGCAUUUACGACCUAUUGACGCCUGGUACACACGGAAAUGCUAAAUACAAUAUCGAGUUUGAUUAUAUUCCGUGGGGUAGAGCGACUAGAAUUCCCGACGCUCAGGGUAAAAAUGUCUAUACCUGUCCGGAAGGAGACACCGAUUGUCUGGGCACCAGAUUGCAUGCCUGCAUAGCACGUAACCACGUGACCCAGUACGAAAAUCACCACGAAUUCUUCAUGGUUCUUUGCACGGCUACCGGCGCUAACUGGAAAACAAACCCCUUGGGGGACGUCAUAACUUGCGCCCGGAAUGUGAACGACUUGCUGGAUGACGGCCCUAGCCUUGAAAUGUGCGCCAAAAACACCAAUGACAAUAGGUACCUCGAUCAAACACUGGCCGCCACGGAUAUUGUGUACCCGGCAAUUACCGACACUAGCGACCCAUUGGUUAUCAUUAAUGGUGUGCGCAAUGACAAAGCUCUGACAGACUUACGCACUGAAGUGUGCAACGCCUACACUGUAAUAUUAAUAUUCAAAAUCUGA